UUCAACAAUUUCUGUCAUCUUUCUUUUUUUCUGUUUUCCCACCUCCGCAAGUUAUUGAGUGACGCCUUGAGGCAUAUGAGCAAAAAAAGAAGACGGGGCAAGAUGCCGAUAAUUAACUAAGGCACCUGAAUCGGUGACGUGGGAGGGGGUGACGAAAGAAAGAAAGAAAGAGAGAGAGAGAGAGAGAGAGAGAGAGAGAGGCGGCCCGGAAAAGAGAGAAAGAGAGGUCUUGCUGAGGUUCUUGAUUCAGUGGCAGUGGCUGAGACAACCCCGUUACCGGCCACGUUAACCCGUGUAAAGAGUGUAGGCUACUCAACUGCUCGCGGAAGAGAAAAGAAAAAUUUCACUAGAGGACAUCGGGACUUUAUCGCUUCUCAGCAGCCAAAGCAAAAGAGACGCUUAGCUGAAGCAAAUUCAUAUAAGAAAAGAAGCUUCAUGCUCGAUGGCAAGAAAGUCUGAAGAUGUCAAAAGCUGCCAGUCAGAGUCCAUCACCGAAACCUUGGCAAGUAAAGAAGUAGGCUGCCAGCGAUGAGGCAAACCACAGGAAGCUCCAAUCGGUAAGAAGUGGAAGAGUGAUAUCCAGAGAGGAAAAUCAGACAGAAGAGAGUGGAGGCCAAUAAACAAACACCAGCGCGUCCUCAAAUGAUGGGGAUAAAGCACCUCCUGCUUCUUUUGAUUUAUUUAGACCCGCUAAAUGUCCUGUGCACCGCCACCAGCAACAAAAAGAGCAAAACCCCGCAGAGGAGAAACCCAAAGGUGAAGGAGGUCAACGCCAGUACCACUGCGGUCCCGGUGCCUGCAGUCGUCCCUGGGAGGAUCACCCAGGUGCAGGCUCCGUCGGUCGUCAGCAUCCAGCACGACACCUGCCUGGGCUACUACGACGUGAGCGGGCAGUACGACAAAGAGUUCGCCUGCAAUAACACUGAUCAUCGCUUCUGCUGCGGCAGCUGUUUCCUGCGCUUCUGCUGCGCGGACCGUGGGAAGCGGCUGGAGCAGAAGAUCUGCACCAACUACAACACACCGGACUGGAUCAAAACCCACCCCCCUUCACCGGCGCCAACAGGUGAUACGUACGACCCGGCGCUGGACCAGACCAACACUACGGUGUACAUCACCUGCGGGGCCAUAGCGCUCAUCAUCGCCAUUGGGAUUUCUGCUAAAGUUGCCUAUGAUAAAGCCACCAAGCCCCCUCAGGAAAUGAACGUGCACAGAGCCCUGGCAGACAUUCUGAGGCAACAGGGACCUGUUCCAAUAUCUCAGUAUGAACAUGAAAACAUCGCAGCGAUUGAUGGGUCACCCAAAGACGAGACGCCAGUCAGAACCUCCAAGAAUCAUUACACACCUGUUCACACCAAGGCCUCAAACCAUGGGCACUAUGGGAAAGAAAACCUGUGCAGUGGAGGCCAAGACAUGCACAACUUCAUCUCCUCUGGGUUUGUGACACUUGGACGUGGCCACUUGAAAGCCCAGCACUCCAUAGACGAAUCGGGGCAGAUGUCCUGGCAGGGCGAUCUGGACAUCCCCAUCUCCUACGGAAACCACCAACAUGACUACCAACACAGCCACCUGGACCUGACUGCCCUCACACCUAAACUGGCCCACAGACAAAUGAGAUACGAGAGACCCCAGCGGAUGAACAACAUCCUGACCUCAGCCACGGAGCCCUAUGACCUGUCCCUCUCCAGAUCCUUCCAGAACCUCAGCCAUCUGCCACCCUCAUACGAGGUGGCCCUCAAGUCUGACUUAAGUGAUAAAGAUGUAGAUGAAUACUACAUAAGGAAACAUCAUCAUUCUGACUUUGGUGGCCGGGGGCCCACCCACAUGGUGAAGCUGAACAGUGAUCCCCAGCAGCGGCAGCGGCCCCGCCGAGUCCAGCGGGCCAUGUCACAAGACCACGUUCUAUCGCCUCCCAGGACGCCACGUCGUGGAGACUAUGGCUUAUCUUCAUACGGCGCCAUGGCAGCGGCUGCAUACGGAAGUAGCCGUCACCUUUCAGAGGAGCAGCUACUCUCACCAGACCGUCUCCACUCCCAGGAUCCGUUGUUGUUGUCCCCAGCAAUGAGACGCGACAAGUUCCGGGAGAAGGCCAUGGCAAGGGCGAUGUCCCACGCUGACAUGCUGCUGCCCACCACACCAGUUAUAGACCGCCACAAGAUGACCAAGAUGCACUCUCAACCCAGUGCCUCUAACGACUACAACACACUGACGGUCAACCACCAAGCGACCACAUCUAAGAGACAGGCGUUUGCCUCCCGACGAACACACACGGUGGACCAUCUACAGUACAUUCCGGGCCACCACACAUUCCGCACUGCCAGUAAGAACGAGGUAACUGUUUAACCACAGGGUGGAAGGACUGAAGCACGGACAUCUACAGAAAUCUCCAAAAUCAGCAGAUGUUCUCAACAGAAGUGUUCAGUCUUGUUAAGACAACCUCCUACAUUAAACAUCUCUUCCUGCUUUUUAGCACAAGCUUCCUGUGUCAUCCAGAUUUUAUUAGGAUCAACCCUGGCAAAGACAUUUCUCUAUUAGAGCAUCAUAAGGGCUUUGAGGGAUAUUUCAUGUCAGAAAUGUGACCGUGUGAAGAAAAUAUUUUUUAAACUCGAUGUGGGACUAGAAGGAAACUGUAUCAACUUUAUAAAUAUAUAAAUAUGCUAUAUAUACUUUUUGUAUUUUCAGUCCUUGUUAUAGCUUUAGAGAUUCUCACUGAAUGAGGCAUUUCAGGUGGUGCCUCUGAAAAAUUGUACCAUUUCAAUGAUGAAGUGGAUUUGUGGGUUAAAAAGCACAAUUAAUGAAUUUCUUUUUUGGUUGAUUUUACUCUUCUUCUUUGGUAAACGGCCAGAACAUAUCAGCUUAUUAGUGAAAAUAAAGGCUUUUUAUGUUGCAUACAAUUGAUGAGUGUAAAUAAGCUAUAUUAGCAGCAUUAAAAUGAGAAAGCUGGCCAUUUGGCAUUAUCAUUUGAUUUUUCUUCUCCCAUCUGAACUCUAUCAUUGAUUCACUAUUAUUAAUUUUUACAUUUAAAUAGAACAAAGAUCCCACAUUACUAUUAUUGUCACAGAUGUCUGCCAAAUAUGUGGAUUUAAUAUGUAUAAAGGAGUAGUUUUAUUUAUGUCUGCAGACAUAAAUACACAGGUGAAAAUGCCAGAUAAAUCACACGUUUCUAUUCACACAUUUUGAGGAUAACCCACCACUGCCCGCAGUGCUCAAUUUGUGAUUGGCUAGCUUCUUUCAUCUCUACAUUUCAGGUAGCUGGUGUCAGAACUAAGAAGCAUAGUAGGUCCCAUUGUAGUCUAGUCAAGCAAGGGUUAAUUAAAACUGUGAAGCGUUUGUACAGAUGUUUUCAUUAAAGCAAUGCCUUAUUGUGUGGAUUCCCAUAUGCUCUUAACUGAACAAUCAUGUUUUUGUUAUGCCUUGUUGUCUUACCUUUUGUGCAAUAUUAUUAAUUAUAAAGUAAUUUACCAGCAGAACCAGCUGUAAAAGUGAUAGAUGAUGUACAGCGGUAGAUGAUACAGUACAUAUACCUCAAAAAGACUCAUUUCAAUUAAAGAAGUCUCAAACUUUAAAAGGAAAACAGUUACUAGAUACAUUAUAUUCUUAUUGGACAUUUGUAAACCUGAAUUAGAAUUGUUUGGGGUAUGCUAACUCAUUGGUAUGUAUGUACAGUGCUUUUGUUUUCAGCUGUUCAGUGUAGGAAAGAUGGGCACUUGAGUUGGUGACUUGUCCGACAUAAAUAGGUUUCCCAUUAUAGUUUCACAACUCUUCCCUAACUGACUCUAGACUUGACUCAAAUUUGUGACCAUUAAGAGUUUUUCAAAGAUUGGUUAAGGGCUAGACAUACUUUACGCAUACUCUCUUGCAUAUGUGGACACGGAUGCACACGGGUUCCUAUUCAUACUUCAAUUUGAGCGUCUGCUUUCUGUCAGUGCAUGCUGAGGUUUUCCAGGCAUUGUUGUACAUGCACAGUUGCGGCUUUUGCUAUGCAGGCAGUCCGCACAGACACAAACUUGUGGUCUCCACAGAGUUUACGCAGACCUGGAAAAAUGACUAAAAUGGCGUCGAUCGACCAUAGCAGACAUGUGGACACACAAAGCAUGAAUAGGCCUUUAGUCACUACUGUCUCUCUCCCAGCUGCACAUGUAUGACAUGAGGCCCAAGCAAAACAUGUAACAAGGUGUGGGUUAGGGUUAGGGUUAGGGGUUGGUAUCUAACACCAAGGAUUAUGAAACACUAAGCUUUGGAAGUUAUUGAUCACCUCUUGGUGAUGGGCUCAAUAUCAGAUGCGAAUACAGGGAUUUCAAAAUCCUUGGGCUUAAUAGAAAAAUUGCCUACUAUAAACAAUGUGAAGAAAACAAUAAAAGGCCACAGGUCAAUCACAAUGUCAUAAGGCACUUGACUGCUAAGCCAGACACAUACUGUAGGUCAGUAUUACAGAUAGCCUGUAAGUUAAUCUGGUGUUAGUGAUAUGUUUGCAUUAAUGGCAUUGCUUGUUGUUGUCAUGUGUUUUAUCUAGUGCUAGGCACUUUGUCUCUGUAACUUAAUGCAGCUGUUCAGGUUCACUAUGUUUAACUUUACUGCACUCUGUCUACUAACACAAACUUCUUGUUCAAGAACCUUCUGGCUCAUGGUUAUUUGCUAAACUGAAAAUCUGUUAACAUGCAUAAUAAUGGUCACAUGAUACUGUGUUGAUUAUGUUACCAGUUAUAUUGUGACAUUUGAUAGGGCUGCAAAAGGCUAAGAGAUGUUUCUCAAUGCACUGCUCAAAAAAAUUAAGGGAACACUAAAUGACACAUCAGAUCUUGAUAAACAAAUUAUUCAAGUUGAAAACCUUUAGUAAUGUACAUUGUAUAAUUUGUCCAGAACAAAAUGGCAUAACAACGGCCAGUGAAAACCAAAAUCAUCAACCCAUGGAGGGCUGUAUUCAAAAAUCACACUGAGAAUCAAAGUGAAAAGCUGAAAUCACAGGCUCGUCUCAGUUGUGUGAAUUUCAUCACAGCAGCUCAUAAUGUGACUCAGAAGUGUGUAUGGCCUCCGUGUGCCUGUAUGCACUCCUGACAACAUCUGGGCAUGCUCCUGAUGAGUCAGCGAAUUGUGUCUUAGGUGAUCUCCUCCCAGACCUGGAUCAGUGCAUCAGUGAGCUCCUGGACAGUCUGUGGUUGUGCUUGGUGGUGUCAAAUGCACCCAUAGUUACCCAAUUGGAUUUAGGUCAGGGGAACGUGAGGGCCGGUCAGUGGCAUCAAUGUCUUCAUCAUCCAGGAACUGCCUACACAUUCUGGCCACAUGAGGCCAAGGCGUUGUCCUGCACCAGGAGGAACCCAGGGCCGACUGCACCAGUGUGAAGUUUGAUAAUCCUGGGAUUUAUCCUGGUACCUCACAGCAGUCAGUGUGCUGCUAUGAC